UAGUCGGAGUCUCGCGCCAGCGGCCUGUGUCGUCACUCGUCGUCUCCUCUCCUCCACUCCUCCCUCGCCGCACGGCCAUGGCCGCCCCGGCGCCCACGGCUCUCUCUCUCUACGCCCGCCACUUCCGCCUGCCGCGCGCGCCCUCCGCCGCCUCCUCUCCCUCUCCGCCUCGCCUGCCGGCCACCGCCUACUCCUCGUCCUCCUCGCGGCGGCUCCGGCCCCGCCGCCUCGCCGUCUCCCCGCGCGCGGAGGCGGGGACGGGGACCGGCACCGGGGACGUGGAGGCGCUCAGGGCCGGGGUGUCCGUGUACAAGCCGCGCUCCUACGACGUGCUCGUCUCCGACGCCGCGCGCUCCCUCGCCUGCGCCAUCGACGACGGCAAGACCCGCCUCGAGAUCGAGUUCCCGCCUCUGCCAAGCAGCAUCUCUUCUUACAAGGGCUCCUCGGAUGAGUUCAUUGAUGCUAACGUCCAGCUUGCUCUUGUUGUUGCAAGGAAGCUUAAAGAGCUCAAGGGGACCAGAUCCUGUAUAGUGUUUCCUGAUCAACCUGAAAAGCGCAGGGCCUCACAGUUGUUCAAGACAGCUAUAGACACGAUUGAGGGUGUAACUGUCAGUUCCCUGGAUGAUGUGCCCACCGACCCUGUCAACAGCUUCUUCAAAUCAAUAAGAAAUACACUGGAUUUUGACUUUUCAGAUGACAACGAAGAUCGAUGGAAAUCUGAUGAACCACCAUCAUUAUAUAUAUUCAUCAAUAGCAGCACACGUGACCUUGCUUCUAUAGAGAAGUAUGUGGAGAAGUUCGCCACAUCUGUUCCCGCCCUUCUAUUUAACCUUGAAUUAGAUACUUUGCGAUCUGACUUGGGGCUUCUGGGAUUCCCCCCAAAAGAUUUACAUUACCGGUUUCUUUCUCAGUUCACCCCAGUAUUUUAUAUCAGGCAGCGUGACUACUCCAAGACAAUUGCAGUUACUCCGUACAUAGUCAAUUACAGUGGCGCUGUAUUCCGCCAAUACCCAGGCCCUUGGCAGGUUAUGCUGAAGCAGGCUGAUGGUUCUUAUGCAUGUGUUGCAGAGAGUGCAGCUCGGUUCACUUUAGGACAGGCCAAAGAAGAACUGUUGAGGGUUAUCGGUUUACAAGAAGAAGAAGGAAGCUCACUUGAAUUUCUCAGAAGAGGAUACAAGAAUGCUACAUGGUGGGAAGAGAACGUUGAUCAGGAGACGUCGGCCGCAUGGCGAACUUGAGUUGCUGCACCUGCUGGCUGGAUAUUGAUCUGAUCAACAACAAAUGGAAAUACCAAACGAGUUCAUGACUUGGUGUAAACGAAAUUACAGAAACAAGGCAUGUACAGUGUGGCAUUGCCUGUGCUGCAACUACGUGUAUGUUUUCCCUUUUUUGUGACUUUAUGGUGGUUGAGUUUUGGCUAUGUAAAACCUGAAGGUGCAACUGCAAAAAUGCAGGGAACUCCAAACUUGAUUUAAAAUCUCGUGACUCGUGUUUUGGGUGCCAUGUAUAUUUCUACAGUAGAACGUGUGCUUGCAACAAGACAUUCAUGUAUGUUGUUGCUA